AUGACGCGUCAGGUUCCUGAAACAUCAAGUUCGGUGAAUAUUCAAGGAACAGAAAAUGUCGCAAAAGUCACCUCGAUGAUAAUACAAGAGGAAGAUAUUGGUUUUGAAGAAGAUAUACUUAAAAAUCCAUUUUCCCUUCGAAGCUGGAUGAGAUAUAUCGAUCAUAAAAAGAAAUGUAAAGCUCCUUUAAAACAAAUCAACCUUGUUUAUGAGCGAGCUUUGAAAGAACUUCCAGGAAGCUACAAACUAUGGUAUAACUAUCUUCGUUUUCGUCGGAAACAAGUUGCAGAUAAGUGCCCGACGGAUCCAGCAUUUGUACAUGUCAACAACGUUUAUGAGCGAGCACUUGUUUUUAUGCAUAAGAUGCCUCGUAUAUGGAUGGAGUAUUGCGAAUUCUUAACUCAGCAGCGUCUUGUAACCUAUACUAGACGAGUUUUCGAUCGGUCUUUACGCGCUUUACCCGUUACUCAGCAUGACCGAAUCUGGCCUCUCUAUAUCAAAUUUGUUACAAGCCAUGAAAUUCCAGAAACAGCAGUUAGAGUUUAUAGAAGAUAUCUAAAAUUACUACCAAAACAUCGUGAAGAUUUUGUCAAUUAUUUACAAAAAAUCGAUCGAUUGGAUGACGCUGCGCAGCAGCUUGCCAUUCUUGUCAACGAUGAUAAACCAUAUUCCGAACACGGUCGAACAACUCACCAACUGUGGACCGAUCUUUGCGAACUGAUUUCAAAGAAUCCAAGCAAGAUUCAUUCUUUAAAUGUGGAUUCAGUUAUACGUCAAGGCAUACAAAGGUAUAGUGAUCAAGUUGGAAUUCUUUGGUGCUCUUUAGCCGAUUAUUACAUUCGGAGUGGACAUUUUGAGCGGGCUCGUGAUGUAUAUGAAGAGUCAAUGAUGUCGGUCAAGACCGUAAGAGAUUUCACUCAAAUUUUUGAUGCAUAUGCAAAAUUUGCUGAACGCGCAACAGCUUCUAAAAUGGAUGAAAUAGAUAGUGAAGAUUAUAUAAUUGAUAAUGAACAGCAGUUAGAAUUGGAACUUUUUUUUGCAAGAUUUGAACACUUGAUGGAUCGUCGUCCUCUUCUUUUAAAUAGUGUCUUGUUGCGUCAAAAUCCUCAUAAUGCAUAUGAAUGGCUGAAUCGCGUUCAGUUGUACGAGAAUAAUAAGAAGAAGCAAAUCGAGACCUAUGAAGAGGCUGUUAGAACAGUACAACCGAAGUUACAAACUGGAAAAUUAUCAGGCAUAUGGAUUUCUUUCGCAAAGUUUUAUGAAAAUGAGAAUAUGCUGGACAAAGCUCGUUUAACGUUUGAAAAGGGGUUGAAAUCUGAAUACACAAAAGUAGACGAUCUUGCGUCAGUUUGGUGCGAAUAUGUUGAAUUUGAAUUGCGUCAUCGAUAUCCCGAAAAUGCUAGGAAGUUAAUGCAACGAGCAACUGCAGUACCUCCACGAAAAACGCACUAUUUCGACGAAACUGAGCCCGUGCAAUAUCGAGUUUAUAAAUCAUUGAAGAUUUGGUCCUUAUAUGCGGAUAUCGAGGAGGCAUUUGGCACUUUAGAGAGCUGUCAAGCAGUUUAUGAAAGAAUCAUUGAUUUGCGAAUCGCUACUCCACAAGUGGUGGUCAAUUAUGCGAAAUAUUUAGAAGAAAACAAUUAUUUUGAAAAAGCAUUCAAAGCUUAUGAAAAGGGUAUCGCUCUGUUCAAAUGGCCAAUCGUUAAUGAAAUUUGGACCGUAUAUCUUGUUAAAUUUUUAAAACGAUACGGUUGCAAAAAGUUGGAGCGCGCACGCGAUCUUUUCGAACAGUGUUUAGAAAAUUGCCCUCCAAAAUUUGCUAUGAAACUUUAUUUGUUGUAUGCAAAAUUAGAGGAAGAUUACGGUUUACCGCGACAUGCAAUGAAUAUUUAUAAUCGUGCAUCUACUGCUGUUGAAAAGCAUGAAAUGUAUAGUAUUUUUAACAUUUAUAUCAAAAAAGCAACGAACAUGUAUGGUUUGACGCAUACAAGGCCAAUAUUUGAGCAUGCUAUAGAAGUACUUCCCGAAGAACAGUCAAGGGAAAUGAGCAUUCGAUUUGCACGAAUGGAGCGGACUCUGGGUGAAAUUGAUCGGGCAAGGGCUAUAUAUGCUCACUGUUCUGAAAUUUGCGAUCCUCGAGUUCAUGGACAAUUUUGGGAGAUUUGGAAAGAAUUUGAAGUAAAACACGGUAAUGAAGAUACUGUAAGAGAAAUGUUGCGCAUAAAAAGAUCUGUUCAAGCAGUUUAUAAUACAAAUGUUAACAUAAUGAGUGCCCAAAUGUUAUCGACGGCAGCUGGUGCUGUUGCUGGCACUAUUAUUCAAGAACGUUAGUA